AUGCCUGGAGGCGAUGGCUUCAACAAAAAGAAAGACGACAAGAAAAAAGAAAAGCCCAAGUAUGAACCUCCCGUAGAAUCCAAGUUUGGCAAAAAGAGAAGAAAGGGACCCGACACCGCUGUGAAAUUGCCUUCAGUAUAUCCCAACACUAGAUGCAAAUUGAAGCUCUUGAAGUUGGAAAGAAUCAAAGACCAUUUGCUUUUGGAAGAAGAGUUUGUGACCAAUCAGGAAGCUUUCCAGCCUACUGAGGCUAAACAAGCCGAAGAAAGGGAGAAGGUAGAUGAACUUCGUGGCUAUCCAAUGUCUAUUGGGACUUUGGAAGAAAUUAUUGAUGAUGACCAUGCCAUUGUUUCCAGCACAGCAGGAUCUGAGUACUAUGUAUCGAUUAUGUCGUUCGUAGACAAGGGCUUGUUGGAGCCUGGCUGCUCUGUGCUUUUGCACCACAAGACUGUAUCUGUUGUGGGGGUCUUGCAAGACGAUGCUGAUCCUAUGGUAUCCGUGAUGAAGUUGGACAAGAGUCCCACGGAGUCGUAUGCCGAUAUCGGUGGUCUCGAAUCCCAAAUCCAGGAGAUCAAGGAGGCAGUAGAGUUGCCGUUAACCCACCCAGAGUUGUAUGAAGAAAUGGGUAUAAAACCGCCUAAGGGUGUCAUUUUGUAUGGUGCUCCGGGUACGGGUAAGACGUUGUUGGCGAAGGCUGUAGCUAACCAGACCAGUGCGACGUUUUUGCGUAUUGUAGGCUCAGAGUUGAUCCAGAAGUACUUGGGUGAUGGUCCUAGAUUGUGUAGACAAAUUUUCCAGAUCGCUGGGGAACACGCUCCCUCCAUCGUUUUCAUUGAUGAGAUCGAUGCCAUUGGUACAAAGAGAUACGAAUCGACAUCAGGUGGGGAACGUGAAAUCCAGAGAACAAUGUUAGAGUUGUUGAACCAGCUAGACGGGUUUGACGAUAGAGGAGACAUCAAGGUCAUUAUGGCCACCAACAAGAUCGAGUCAUUGGAUCCAGCGUUGAUCAGACCUGGAAGAAUUGACAGAAAGAUCUUGUUUGAGAAUCCCGAUGCUAACACGAAGAAGAAGAUCUUAACCAUUCACACGUCGAAGAUGUCCUUGGCUGACGAUGUCAACUUGGACGAGUUAGUUACUUCCAAGGACGACUUAUCUGGAGCUGAUAUCAAGGCCAUUUGUACGGAAGCUGGUUUGUUGGCGUUGAGAGAAAGAAGAAUGCAAGUCAAGGCUGACGACUUCAAGUCAGCCAAAGAGAGAGUACUCAAGAAUAAGGUGGAGGAGAACCUUGAGGGGUUGUACUUGUGA